AUGCUUAUAAAAGAAGUCUAAAAAUUCUGUGAACAAAGGAAAAUUGUAUUGGAUUUGAAAAAGAUGGUGACAGAGUAUUCAUUGAAGUAAGGAUUGAUUAGAAAUAAAAAUGAUAGUCAACAUUGGUUUGGCAUCAAAUUCAAUAAAUACGUCGAGAUGAACGAAGAAUUGAAAGCUAAAACAGAGAGACAAGAAAGCUUCUUAUAAGAAAUUUAAUUAAUCAUAGAAAGGGGAUAUCGACCAGACAAAGAGGCAAAAGAUUUGAAACGCAGAAAUAAGGGUUAAAACAAAUCGGAAAAAUAAACUAAAAAUCUCACCUAAUAAAUUAAAGAAGCAGAACUUGAAUUAAUGUUAUAUUGGUUAUAAUUUAACAACUUUAUUUCUCCAAUACACAAAGACUUUGGAGAAUUACCAAGCUAUAAUCCAAAAAAAAUACAACCUUUUAGAGUGGGCAUCCCUUAUACUGAGAAAAUCGAAAUUAAAGGCAAUACAAUAAAUUUAACUCCCUAAACGCCAAUUGACAAGAUAAUAAUUACAGAAAAUUAUCAAUUACAUGACAUCAUUGAUUUGGAAUAGAAAGAUAAUUAAAUAUUGAUAAAUGAUAAAGUGGUAGUCAGUGUGUGCUCAACUAAUCAAAUAGCUAUGGACUAACAAUUCAUUCAACUUGAGUAAAUUCGAAGAUAAUUGAAAAAAAACUCAAAAUAUGUGAUCACUCCAAGUUUAGGACUGAAAUAUUAUGAGGCUUCAAAAAUUGAAUUAAUUGGUGAAGAUGAUGAUGGGGAACUUAAACGAAUUGCUAGUAGUUCGAAUUUGAUUGAUCAUGUAUAUACAAGAUAUCAAAAUAGGAAUUAAUAAUUCCUUAUUGUGACUGAGUUAGAAUGA